GGAACGUUUAACCGGACGGUACAAACCCGGAAGUCACAACCAUAAAUAGUCCGUACUACAGAGCAUUAAUCUAAAGUGUAUAUUCUUUAAAAGUAAAGUAAACGUAUAGUUUAGAGUGAAACGCGUUUGGUUUCAGUUAAGUUUAAUGGACGCAUGCGUGUUUUGUUGAAGCGCAGGGUUUUUUUUUUCCGUAACUUUUUUUCAUGUGCGCCACAUAGAAGAUUGGUUUGUGAGUCUUUUCUUCGUCCUUGUCAAAUAAUAUGAGUAAAGAGGCCAGAAUGAGGGCGACAAUUAAUCAGAAACUGACUGAGAUGGGAGAACGAGAAAGACUAAAGGAGCUGCUGAGGGCUAAACUGACAGAGUGUGGAUGGAAGGACCAAAUGAAGGCUCACUGCAAAGAGGUCAUCAAAGAAAAGGGUCUGGAACAUGUGACGGUGGAAGACCUGGUGGUGGAGAUCACACCUAAAGGCAGAGCUUUGGUUCCGGACAGCGUCAAAAAAGAGCUUCUACACAGAAUAAGAGCCUUUUUAGCUCAACAUGCCACAGUUUAGUUCAUCUGCUUAGACCUGCCUCAGCUACCAUAAAGGAUUUAUCACAAAGAUUCUAUCAAUGGAUUUACUCAAGUUUUGUUUUUUUUUUUGUUUUUUUGUGUAAAAUGUUGGAUUUUGACUGAUUUCACCGAAGUGUUCAGUUCUGGAUGUUUUUACUAAAUCUGUGGCCGUUCUUUCAUUUACAUGUUUUGUAAAUGCUCCACAUUUUUCUGCUUUAAAUAAAGUUGUAUUAUUGUUAUAAGUGA